CCCGAAUAUCUCACCAUCUACUGUCACGAGUAGUACACUGGAGUACAAUAUAUUAUAAGAACAGCCUAUUUAUUCUAGUUCUCGUCCAUCCUUGACUGUGUUUAGAGGGCGCUGUAGGCGCAGCGGUUUUCAAAUGAGCGUCUGUGGAAGUCCUCGUUUUGCAAGAGGAAAUUGCGUACGGCGGAGAUGCAGGCAGAGGUGCCCAGCAGAUCAGCACUGUAGUGCCGGAGAGAGGCGGCCCGGACCGGGGUCGUAACUGUGGCUCCUAAUGUUCAUGUCCGGCGAACAGACCCAGCGCCGUGGUGCUGAGACGGUUUCCUCUCUGAAAAUCGCCAGAUCGUGCGCAGAAAGUGAAAAGGACUUAACAGCAUUAUAUAAAAAACAAGCAGCACAGAAUGACAGAUGGUGUUGUUCAACUGAAAGUACCUGCCAUUCGGCAGCUCUAUCACUGGGACUGUGGGCUGGCUUGUUCCAGAAUGGUUUUGAAGUACCUCCACCCAGUGAGUGAGGAGGAGUUUCAGAAUGCCUGCUGGGAGCUCAAGCUGACCGAAAGUGUAUGGACUAUUGACCUGGCCUACCUCAUGAGCCACCUGGGAGUCAGACAUCAGUUCUGCACCCAGACCCUUGGGGUAGAUAAGGGCUACAGAAACCAGUCGUUUUACAAAAAGCAUUUUGACACCGAAGAGGACAGAGUGAAUGAGCUCUUUAACAAGGCAGAGAGCAAUGGGGUGGUGGUGAAGAAACGCUCUGUGACGAUGCAGGACAUCCAGAAUCACUUGGCUCAAGGGCACGUGGCGAUAGUGCUGGUGAAUGCUGUGCUCCUGGUCUGUGACCUCUGCUCCACCCCUGUCAAGUAUUGCUGCUUCCUUCCUGUGGGCCAGAAGUGCUUCUGCAGGAAGCCUGACUACCAGGGGCACUUUGUGGUGGUGUGUGGCUUCAACCUUGCCACCAACUCUGUCUUCUACAACAACCCAGCUUACUCAGACAGAGUGUGUUAUACCAGCGUAAGUAACUUUGAGGAGGCACGAAAAAGCUAUGGGACAGACGAAGACAUUCUGUUUGUCUACAAGGAGAGCUGAUGUCCGGGAGACAUGCCUGAUUUCUGCACACGAGCACUACACCGUGACAGCUUUGCUGUUUGUUUACAGCCUAGGACAUUGCACCAGAACUUAGCAGCUUUGAUCUUUAAGUUUGGGCAGCAUGGUAUCUUUAGAUGGGGCUGUUUGUUCCAAUGGAAAAAUGGCUGAUUGCACAAAAAAACACAUCACUGUGUCAUUUGUCUACCUUCAUAAACCACGUGUUUCAGGUGGUGUCAAAGUAAGGGAAUUUCUUUUUUUGUGGACAGAAUGUAGAAAAUGUGACUGAACACGUCCAGUGUUAUGAUUUUUCCUUCUGUGCAUAUGGGCGAGUUCCACAUAUUGAGAAAAAGCAGAGUCUGGCACAUUUUUUAAAAUCAACGUGCAAUUUAAGAUGUAGGAAACCUUCUCUGUGAGGUUAAUGUAAAGACGAAAAUAUAAAAAUAGUAUUGAGGUUCCAACAAAAGUGGUUCAGUGAUAUUCUCAACAGUAUGAUCGGUAAUCGCAAAUGAUAGUGGUCAGAAAGCUUGAUCCCUUUAUAUUGUGUUUUCUGUACCAUUUUGAAAUAUCCCCAGGUUUUCUCUAGAGUGGAAACGAGAAAUGUGCUCAUUUGGAGCUUUCCUCACCUCUUGAGAUGAAAAAGCCAAUCCUGUAUUUGUAUAUUAUUGGUCGGCAAGCUUGAAAAUUUAACAACAGUUUGUCUGCACCUUACUUAUGAUCCAAUGGUGACGGAUGUCCAAGACCUAAGCAGAACAAGCUGGAGGUGUUUGCAGGUGUCGAUAACUUUUUUGACACCUGAAAGAUUCUGUCAGUUUUUUGUAAUGUUCCUUCAUGGGCCUCUGUAUCCAAAUUAGAGGUACUAUAUGUUAUCAUUAUAGCUAGGGUUAACUGCAUUUCUGAUAUGUUUUCAUCUUUUUGAUGAUGUGUUUUGACACAUUAGGCCUGGUUGAUAUAAUUCCUGAUUCUUGAGCAGGCGUUAUUUCAGAGGAGGUGGGUAAUUUUAAAAGCGUACUGAUUUAAUACAUUUGAGAUACAGACUCUCAAAGCUUUACCAGACCUCAGUUUAGGUAUAAGAAGGGCUUAUCCUGCAAUUGUGGGAGUACUAUACUUGACUGUUUUUAUGGGGAAAAAGGGUUAAUGUUUAUGUAUAUGCUGCUUCAGUUAAUUAUUUAAUUUGGUAAAUUUCAGAUUCUGUCAAUCUUUCAGGUAAAAUCUUUUUGAGUUCAGACUGCACUUCAAAAGCAAGCGAAUGGUUUUUGCCUUCUUUUUAUCCAACCUGAAAUUGUUAUACUUCAGGUUCUGUUGUUGGAUAGUAUCUGCAUUCUUAUCUUGUGUUAAUGCAAAAUAUACAGUACCAGUGUGAACUGGGCUUGAAAAACAGGUUUGGGAGAAAUCUCCUUUCCUCCGUGAGCUGGUGAAAUGAAAAGGAAAACAUACAGUACGCACCUCACCUGUCUUCAGCUUCAAAUACCAGGAAACACACAAGCACCACACCUGUUUCAAAAACAUUAUUAGGAAAACACAAGAACCUCACAUCCAGGUGCAGCCUUGGGGACUGCUUUGUGCUGCAGAGUGCAGUCAGCUGUUUCACAGGACCACAGUCUGCACACAGCAGAUUGCAAGGGGAAGAGACCCUCUACUAUACAUUUUAGUUUUCAUGUAGUAGAGGUUUACCAUUUUAGAGUUUUUUUUUUCUUCUAUGUUUGUCAUCCUCAGUUUUCAACUUGUUUGACAAAGGGAAAUGAUUGCAAAAAGUGAAAAUUCUUUAGAUAAAUUGUACAGUAUUUUCUGUGGUAUUGUUAUUUUUUGUAAACCACUUCAGCAUUGUUGUAAUGAAAAGAAUAAGUAGUGCGGUCUGUUUGAAAAUGAUAUUGGUACACCAAUAUGAUUGUAUGUAUAAUAUAUUGUAUCAUUUUGGAAGUUAAACGAAGAAAGGUAUUACUGGAAUAUGCAUUGGAUCUAAGAAUAUUUAAAACCACGUUGAUCUUUGUCUUCAUUAAUACUAAUGCACAGAGAGGUUUGAUCCCUUUGAUUAGUCUGGGUUUGUGUCUUUUAUUGUUUGGGGUUGUGAUAAAAAUACAAAUGGUUCUUGAGGGUUUCCUUUAAGAUAUUUUUUAUCCAUGUAAUUACACACCAGUGACUGUGCAAAUUAAAAGUAAAAUCUCCUUGUAACUGUAUCAGUGAAGGAAAUUACUUAAAAGGAAACCACGUGUAAGUAUCUGCAUUCAGUACAGCCCUGUUAUUUUCAAUCGAGUCAUGAAUCUUCAGUUUCAAAGACUCUUUUCUGCUCAUGUCAGAAAUGGAUAUUCUUGGAAUACAGUGUGCACACAAGUUUGCAUAUACAAAACUACUUUGCAUGUAGAUAUCUGUUUGAUAAAUAAAACAUUCCUCUAGAUUCCA